AUGGUUGGACGCACGUCAAAGCGGAGGCAUGACAACGACGACGGCGCUGCAGCACGGCAACGAACAGCGUCUUUGGGAGCGAACUGCCCGGCCCCGGGUUCCCCUCCCAAAACCGUGCCUCUUGACACGAUUCAUGCGCUUCCCGAUAUGACCGAACCAACGGCCACGCAGUUCAUGAGCCCCGGUAACUUCAACGUCACAGCGGACCUGAUGGGAUACAAUCCAAUCGUCCACAUGGACUUUCCCAACGAGUCAUUCGGGUGGAACUGGGAUUUGUCGAACAGUGACGACCCUCAGCAACCAUCGGCAGACUCGCAAUCGUCGGCGGCGCUUCCGAAUGCAAGGUCAGAUAAGCAGCGCGCUUCUUCUUUGAUAGAUACUGCCAGUACAGCAGCUACGUCUCUGCUGAACAAUUCGCCGCAAAGCGAUGCCGACGAAUGCAGCAAAGAGCGUGUAGCGCACCUCAUGUCGCUGUGUCGGAUGACAAACCGCCUCGAGACAUAUCUGCGCUCCAAAACAGGAACGCUUGACGAGAUCAUGAAACUCAACAAAUCAUGCCUCGCUGAAGUAAUCAAGCUGACCAGUGGCCAGCACAAGGGCCAGGUAUGCCGGUGCUCUUUCAUCAUGAUCACUACAUGUCUGGAUAUUAUGCUUGUGCUCUUCGAGGACGUUGUCAGGUCUUCUGGUCUCGACCCACGCGGGGGUGGACCUGUCUCUGACGCGAGGAUGCCGAAUCUUCAGUUCGGCGUCUUCGAGCUCGAGCCCCAGGAGCAGCUAGUUAUAAUGAAACGGAUUCUAGCGAGGGAGCUGCGAAACUAUCAGGACGUCGUUCGGGCUCUAAUAGUCGAGUUUCAGGAGCCUUCAGCUGACUUCUUCCGGAAGCUGAUGAGACAGUGGUGUUUGUCAUUGACCAACCGGCUAGGUCAGAUACCAGUAGCCCUGGACGCUGGAUGA